AUGAGUAACCGGCUUCGUCUCAAAACUUCAAUUGACACUAUUCGUUGGUUAACACUUCAAGCUUGUGCUUUAAGGGGUCACGAUGAAACUAACAAUUCAAGAAAUCAAGGUAACUUUCUCGAAUUGUUAAAACUUUUAGCAUCUUACAAUGAUGAAAUUGCAAAAGUUGUGUUGGAAAAUGCUCCACAAAAUUGCAAAUAUACCUCACAUCAAAUUCAAAAAGAGCUCUUGCAAAUUCUUUCUAGUAGGGUGAAAAAACAUAUUCGUGAGGAAAUUGGUGAUUCCAAAUUUUGUAUUGUUGUAGAUGAAGCUCGUGAUGAGUCAAAAAAGGAAAAAAUGGCUCUUGUAUUAAGAUUUGUUGAUAAAGUUGGUUUAAUACAAGAGAGAUUUUUUGAUGUGGCACAUGUUAAAGACACCACGUCUUUAACUCUUAAGGAAGCAAUAUGUGAUAUACUCUCUCGACAUAACCUUGAUGUGUCUAACAUUCGCGGACAAGGGUAUGAUGGUGCUAGCAACAUGAGAGGAGAAUGGAAUGGUUUACAACUACUCUUUAUGAAGGAUUGUCCUUAUGCAUACUAUGUUCAUUGUUUUGCUCAUCGAUUGCAACUUGCCUUGGUUACAACAUCAAGAGAAGUCAAACCAAUUCAUAAAUUCUUUGAUAAACUGAUUUUUGUAGUCAAUGUUGUUUGUUCUUCCACUAAGCGCCAUGAUGAGUUACAAGCUUCCCAAUUAGAAGAGAUUGCAUAUUUGUUAGAGAUUGGUGAGAUUGUAACUAGUAAAGGUUCAAAUCAAAUUGUUACUUUGAAACGAGCUGGAGAUACCCGUUGGGGAUCACAUUACAAUUCUAUUUGUAGCUUGAUAAACAUGUAUGAAGCAACUUGUUCAGUUUUUAAAAAAAUUGCAAAAGAAAGGGGAAAUUAUACUACACGUGGGGAUGCAGAUAGUUCUUACAAUUACUUGAAGGCAUUUGAUUUUAUAUUUAUUUUGCAUUUGAUGAAAGAAAUUAUGGGGAUAACAGAUAUGCUUUGUCAAGCCUUGCGAAAACAAAAUCAAGAUGUAGUUAAUGCCAUGGACUUGCAUGGUAUUGAGAUUCCCGAUCUUAAUGAUAUUCAUUCAGCAACAAGAUUUGGACGAUCUCUCCUUGAAGAAAAUCAAGUCACAAUUCAACAUUACUUCAAAGUUGAAAUCUUUUUCACUACCAUUGACAAACAGUUACAAGAGUUGAAUAGCAGAUUUAGUGAGCAGGCAAUGGAUUUGUUAACUCUUUCUUGUGCUUUGUCUCCUAAGGAUGGGUAUAAAGCUUUUAACAUUGAUACUAUUUGUUCUCUAGUUGAAAAAUAUUAUCCUAUGGAUUUUAGUGAUCAAGAGAAGAAUAAUUUGCAAUUUCAACUUCGGCAUUUUCUAUUUGUUGCUCGCCAAGCAUCAAAUUUGAAUAAUUUAUCAACUAUUCAAGAGUUAUGUUCAUGUUUGGUGGAAACUGGACAAGCUGAAAUUUAUUUCUUGAUUGAUAGGCUACUUCGCCUUAUCAUGACUCUUCCAGUUUCUACGGCAACAACUGAGAGGUCUUUUUCAGCAAUGAAAAUUAUCAAGACUAAGUUGAGAAACAAGAUGGAUGCUGGGUUUCUAAGAGAUAGCAUGGCAGUUUAUAUUGAAAGGGAGAUUAGUGCAAACAUUAGUUCUGAGUCUAUUAUUGAAGAUUUCAAGUCACUCGGAACACGUAAAGCUUUAUUAUAA